CUCCUUAAGAUUGUGGAUGUCAAAUCGUUUCCUAACAAUUUUAUUAUAGAAAGUAGCACAGAGCUUCGCAAUAAGAACGGGGAUUUGUUCUCAACAGAUAAUUUUGCCAUAUUUACUAUUACGGAGAAGCGUAGAGAGGAACGACCAGAAAAAUCAUACAAUCAGGAGUGUUACAAAGCAGGAAAUGGUAUAGCGAGCAUGGAAUGGCGCUUGGACUCUAUCAAGACUGACGUAGAUAUGCUCAACUCGAUCUUGAUCGUUAAUGAUGAAAGACAAUUGAACUUUACGAAAAAGUAG